AUGACCAACAAUCGAAACACUAGCUUUCUCUCGGACCCGGCUUUACUUGAAAAAGUCGACAAGCUUCGCGACUUGAACAUUGGCCAGCAUGUGCCUCUUCCUCAGCUUGUCGUAGUCGGCGAUCAAAGCUCUGGGAAGUCCUCUUUGUUGGAAAGCUUAACUGGCAUUCCGUUCCCCAAAGAUCAGAGUCUUUGCACUCGUCACGCGACCCAGAUUUCAUCCCGUCGUGGUGAUGUCGACCGCGUUGAUAUUCGUAUCAUCGCAGGGCCACAUGCUUCUGAGGAGCACAGAAAAUAUGUCGAGGCAUUUCGCAUGUCUAUGCCCUCAGGUUUGGAAUUUCGCCAAGAUUUUGCCAAUGUCUUACAAAAGGCCAAUGACAAAAUGGGUCUUCGGGCUGAUGUCUCAGUUGGAAAAGGCGCCGUAUUCAGCGAAGACGUCCUCAAGAUUGAGGUACAGGGACCUGAUGAAGACUAUCUCACCAUCAUAGAUGUUCCGGGAAUUUUUCGCACUACUACCGAAGGAACCACCAAGAAUGAUAUGGUAAUGGUGAAGGAUCUUGUCAAAGGAUACAUCAAAGAUGAACGUACGAUUAUUCUGGCAGUGCUGCCGAGUAACGUUGACGUUGCUACGCAAGAAAUUCUGGAACUUGCAGAAGAUUACGACAAGGAUGGUAUUCGUACACUCGGAGUACUCACCAAGCCUGACUUGGUUCUCGAACCUGGUGCACAGGCCACUGUUUGUGACUUGAUACAGGGAAAGAAACGGCCGCUGAAUCUUGGUUAUUUCCUGGUGCGCAAUCGCGGGCCAAGCCUCAAAUCGGAAGAUCAGACAGAGCUUGACCAAGUCUUCCGAACCCAGCCAUGGGUCAGCCUUCCACAAGACCGAGUGGGCAUCCCAGCCCUAAAAGAACAACUUGGAACACUCCUGUUCGAGAUUACCCAACGCGAAUACCCUAAACUACUCCAGGAUGUCAAUAGUCAAAUCAGCAGAUGCAAGAAAGAGCUCGGCGCUCUUGGACCAUCCCGUCAAGACGAGCGUGAGCAGCGCAGUUUCCUGAUUCAUAUCGCUGGAGCGUUUCAGGAUCGUGCCAGGGCAGCACUCAUGGCUGAUUAUAACGUCGACUCAGUCUUUGAUCAAGUUGAACUUCGUCUUAUAACUCAUGUUGUCAACGCCACUGAUCUCUUCAGUGCUGAGUUUCAACAGAGUGCUCAUUCGCGACAUUUCCAGAAUCUUGAACUGCUUGAAUCAGCCGAGGAAUCCGUUCUUUUUGACGCAGAUCGCCAUGAGGCCGAUUCAAUCGGAUUGACAAUCAGCCAUCUGCAGGAUUUACUUCAGGCUACAUCCGUGAACAACGCUACGCAGGAAGAGCUCGCUGAACUCGGGGAAAUCAUUGACCUCUCGCAUGACACGACACUACCACGUGACGAUGUCACGUCAUGGAUCAGAGAUACAUACCUGCAUACGAGGGGUCUUGAUCUUGGCACGUUCAAUGCAAAUGUAAUUGCCAUGGCCUUCUCAGAACAGUCAAAGAAGUGGGGCGACAUGACCAAAGUUUAUAUGAGCAGGGUCAUUAUCAUUAUUCAUCGUUUCAUCGCCACUGCACUUCGUGCUGUUUUUCCAGAAGAGCAAGCCCGUCGUCAGUUAUGGUCAUCGAUCUUGGAUGGUCUGUUGCAGCGCUACAAGAUGGCAAUGGAUCAAGCGAGCCUCCUGGUUGAAGUUGAGCGGCACAAGAAACCUUACACCCUGAAUCGACAAUUUGCCGAUGCCCUCUCAAAGGCUCGAGGUUAUCGGAUCACUGAACUGCUGCGUCCCAAAGCAAGAAAGGACACGAGGCAGUAUGGAGAGCUACAAAACAUGGUCAACCUAGACGACAUUGCGAAAGCCGCCGAAGGCAAGAGUAAUAUGGAGCAACUACAGGAAGAGAUCCAUGACAUCGUUCGCGCUUACUAUCAAUUAGCACUUGACCGUUUCAUCGAUAAUGUCUUUCAACUCGCUGUCGACUACUCCCUGCUCCAUGGUCCUGACAGCCCCCUGAGCGUUUUCACUCAGGAAUGGGUGAUCGAGCUGGAGCCCGAAGAACUCGAGCGAAUUGUCGGUGAGAGCAAAUCCGCCAUGAAGCGUCGCUCGAAACUUGCAAAGAAGAUUCAAGAUUUGUCUAGCGCUUUACAGAUCCUCAAGCUCUAG